AUGAGGGGGGGCAUGGGAAAGCUCCCAAGUGACACCACGGUGAACCCUAAGCAUCAAAGUUCAAGCACGGGCAAUGUGAGGAAUGUGCACAUUAGCGCGGUAAGUCUUCUUUCAAAUGAUGAGGUUUGUAGUGGUGUUGAAAGCAUUCCACCACAAUGCGUUGAUGGUGUAGUGGGAAAUACAAGAGAUGAGUUGGAAAUUGAGGAACGGUACCCACCGAAGGAUGAGAGGUGGGAAAAUUUUAAACAAGCAAAAAUUAAUUUACCGUUACUCGAUGACAUUAAAAAGGUUCCGGCUCAUGUGGAAUGCUUAAAGGAGUUAAGCAUCGAAAAACGGCACAACAAAUUACCCGAACCGGUUGAUUUGAUAUCACAUGUUAGUGCCGUUCUAUCGAGUGCCAUUCCUCAAAAAGCUCAAGAUCCGGGAGAUCCUCUUAUUCCAAUUCAAAUUGGAACCUUCAAAAUUGAGAGGGCGCUCCUCGAUCUUGGAGCUUGUGUGAGCAUUUUACCCGGGAGUUUGUAUGACCAAUACAAUUUUGGUCCAUUAAAAAAUUUUGAUACUCCCGUGGUAUUGGCCGAUCAGACUCCCACGCAUCCAAGGGGGAUGGUGGAGGAUGUGAUUGUUAAGAUGGAUGAUUGCUACUACCCAGUUGACUUUUUGGUAGUAGACUAUGUUGGGUGUGUUGAGGAUACCCAACCGGUAGUUAUCUUGGGUAGACCGUUCUUGGCAACUGCUAAUGCCAUAAUAAAUUGUGCAACGGGAACGGUAAGCAUGAAGUUUGGGGACCGGGAAUUAAAUUUAAAUGUUUUUCCAAAUUUCACUAACCCGCUCGGUGAGGAUAAGUGUCCUAAAAAGGACAUGAAUCCAAACAAAAAGGUGUGUGCUAUGGUUGGUAGGUUUGAAGAAACAAGGAAGAAAACAGUCAAGAAAAAGAAGGCGAAAAAGUCACCUCUAGAAAAGAAGAAGGAAGAUGAGGUGAGGAAAUUUGGACCGUUUGGCAACAAAUGGUAUGAAUCACCGGUGGGUGAUUUCGAGGAGUUUGUAGGCAGCAAGCAUGCCAUUCGACCACCAUGA